UAGACGACACUUCCCUAGGCCACAAACGGAAACGGCGUCACUUAGUGGCCAAUCGCACGGUUAAACCCUCACUCUGCACCCCUAGCCGUCACUACCACACCUGCGACUACACAGUGAACUCUGAACCGCGGAAAGGCUCGAGCCUUUCAAUAUCAUCGCCGGACAUCUGAUCCGUGUGGAAAAAGAACGUCGUGAAACCGAUUUCGUCAGCGAAACGAAGACGUUAGGACUCUGUCUGUUUUCGCUGUUUAUUCUCCUUGAGGGUCUUUUUUUUUUUUUUUUUUCCCCUUUAAAUAUAGAUAUAUUUUUUCUUCCAAUGGCUUCGGAGGAUGUGAAGAGCGAAUCAGCGGUGUCGACGAUCGUGAAUUUGGCGGAGGAGGCGAAACUGGCUAGAGAGGGUGUGAGAGCUCCGAGCUAUGCUGUUCUCAGUAUUUGCAAGUCUCUGGUCGCUGGUGGGGUCGCUGGAGGCGUGUCACGCACAGCUGUUGCUCCCUUGGAAAGAUUGAAAAUACUGCUCCAGGUUCAGAAUCCCCAUAACAUAAAAUACAAUGGAACAAUUCAAGGGUUGAAAUAUAUAUGGAGAGCUGAGGGUUUUCGUGGACUGUUCAAAGGAAAUGGUACUAACUGUGCACGUAUUGUUCCGAAUUCUGCAGUCAAAUUCUUCAGCUAUGAACAGGCUUCAAAGGGAAUCUUGCGUCUAUAUCAGCAAAAAACUGGCAAUGAAGAUGCUCAGCUCACUCCUCUCUUACGUCUUGGGGCUGGGGCAUGUGCUGGAAUAAUUGCCAUGUCUGCAACUUACCCAAUGGACUUGGUACGAGGCAGGUUAACUGUACAGACAGAGAAUUCUCCUUAUCGGUACAGAGGAAUAUUCCAUGCUCUAUCAACUGUACUCCGGGAAGAAGGCCCACGGGCUUUAUAUAAGGGCUGGCUUCCUUCUGUUAUUGGAGUUAUUCCAUAUGUGGGUCUGAACUUUUCUGUGUAUGAAUCUCUAAAGGAUUUUUUAAUUCAAACUAAACCAUUUGGACUGGUUGAAGACAACGAGUUGAGUGUGACAACACGGCUGGCGUGUGGAGCUGCUGCUGGAACUGUUGGACAAACGGUUGCGUAUCCUCUUGAUGUCAUACGUAGACGAAUGCAGAUGGUGGGAUGGAAUAAUGCUGCUUCUGUUGUUACUGGUGAUGGAAGGAACAAGGCCCCACUUGAAUAUACUGGUAUGAUUGAUGCAUUCAGGAAAACCGUUCGACAUGAGGGCUUUGGGGCAUUGUACAAGGGUUUGGUCCCCAAUUCUGUGAAGGUAGUUCCAUCUAUAGCAAUUGCAUUUGUGACAUACGAGGUGGUGAAGGACAUUCUGGGAGUUGAGAUCAGAAUAUCAGACUGAAGUGUGAUAAUUAUUGAAGAAAUAUUCUCUUUAUUGUAGAAAUUUUCUGUUGCGUAGAGCAAGACAAAGGCAUCAUAAAAAAUCUUUGAUGUUGGAGAAUAGGCUGCUGCUGAGGAAUACAUUAUCAGCAUCUUGAUACUGGAUGACAAGAAAGACGGAGCUUUUGUUUGUAACUGAGACUAUUGUAUAUUCUGGAGGUCUGUAAAAGACAUCCAGUAACAGUAUCUGGAAUCAGGUGUCGUCGUUCGAAACCAAGAGCUCUAGCUACUACUCAUAUUUCUUCCCCCACCUUUGGGUGAGUUAUCUUGAUAUGCAAGCUUUGGCUUCAUGGC